CUGGGAUAAGUCACAAAAAAUUUAAAGUAAAUAAUAUUAAAACGAAUAUAGAUACCUGUUGGGCCUUGCACAAUUUUACUACAGUGACUAAAAACCCAUUGUCUAAUAUAUUAAUAUCGUAAUAUAGUGAAAUACUCCGACUACCACAAGUUUUUAAAUAAUUUUCCUUAAAAAGUAUUUGUAGCCACUACUAAACGAUCAUCAUCUUCUUUUCUCAAUUUAUUCUUCUUUAAUCAGGCAGCUACCGUACAGAACAUUAAACCUGGUUGUAUACCAACGACAUUGUAAAACAUGGUUGUACACUUAACAUAAUAUAUACCUUUCUAAAUUAUAUUUUGCACUUGACAUUAUGAGGUUUAUCAAAUUCAUCAUAAGAACUAUGCAAUAUACUCAAGAUUCUUAGAACUUUAAUUUUUCUGCAGCAUUCGUCUUCUUUUUAUGCUAUAGUUUUGAAAGCUACAACCAGCUGUACAGUUGAAUUUUUGCUGAAUAUAAUAUUGGUUUAGUAAAACUGAUGGAUUUAAAUACCUUUAUUUCAAUUAUAUUAUUGUUUGUAUAUAAUAUUUUCUUUGUCUAAAAUUAUGGACAUGUGCAGCAUGCGGCGACAUCUAGUACUUAGUCGCACAUUAUUUGUCACAUGAUACCACGUGAAUAUUCGAUAAGUUAGCAGUAGCUGAAUUUGUUGCACGUAUGUCAGACGUGUCUUGUUAAUAGUGAAAAUGGCAUCGACGAUUUCGGCAAGACAGGCCAACCGAGAACAUGUUUUAGCUGUUUCUCGAGACUUUAAAUCCCAACCAAGGCUCACAUACAAAACAGUUUCUGGUGUCAAUGGUCCUCUAGUAAUCCUAGAAGAUGUCAAGUUUCCUAAAUUCAAUGAAAUUGUACAGCUCAAAUUAUCAGAUGGAAGUUUACGAUCAGGUCAAGUUUUGGAAGUUAGUGGUUCAAAAGCUGUAGUACAAGUAUUUGAAGGUACAUCAGGUAUUGAUGCCAAACACACCGUUUGUGAAUUCACAGGAGAUAUCCUUAGAACUCCCGUAUCUGAGGAUAUGUUGGGAAGAGUAUUCAACGGAUCAGGAAAACCUAUUGAUAAAGGUCCACCAAUUCUAGCUGAAGAUUAUUUAGAUAUCCAAGGUCAGCCUAUCAAUCCAUGGUCCCGUAUAUAUCCAGAGGAGAUGAUCCAAACUGGUAUUACAGCUAUAGAUGUAAUGAACUCUAUUGCUCGUGGUCAAAAAAUUCCAAUUUUCUCUGCCGCUGGUUUGCCGCACAAUGACAUUGCUGCUCAAAUUUGUAGACAAGCAGGUCUUGUCAAAGUUCCAGGAAAAUCUGUUUUGGAUGAUCAUGAAGAUAACUUUGCCAUUGUAUUUGCUGCUAUGGGAGUUAACAUGGAAACUGCUAGGUUCUUUAAACAAGAUUUCGAAGAAAAUGGAUCUAUGGAGAAUGUAUGUUUGUUCUUGAAUUUGGCUAAUGACCCUACAAUUGAGAGAAUUAUUACUCCCCGUCUAGCACUUACAGCUGCUGAAUUCUUAGCUUAUCAAUGUGAAAAACACGUACUGGUCAUCCUAACUGAUAUGUCUUCAUACGCUGAGGCCUUGCGUGAGGUAUCUGCCGCCAGAGAGGAAGUACCUGGUCGUCGUGGUUUUCCAGGUUACAUGUACACUGAUUUGGCCACAAUUUAUGAACGUGCCGGUCGUGUAGAGGGGCGUAAUGGUUCCAUUACUCAAAUUCCCAUCUUGACUAUGCCUAACGACGAUAUUACUCACCCCAUUCCUGAUUUAACUGGUUAUAUUACAGAAGGGCAGAUUUAUGUAGAUCGUCAAUUACACAAUAGGCAAAUUUAUCCACCAAUCAAUGUAUUACCAUCUUUGUCACGUUUGAUGAAAUCUGCUAUUGGUGAAGGAAUGACCAGGAAGGACCAUUCCGAUGUUUCCAACCAACUGUAUGCUUGCUAUGCCAUUGGUAAGGAUGUACAAGCGAUGAAGGCCGUAGUAGGAGAAGAAGCUUUAACUCCCGACGAUCUUCUCUAUCUCGAGUUCUUGACGAAAUUCGAAAAGAACUUUAUUAGUCAAGGUAGCUAUGAGAACCGUACCGUCUUCGAGUCUUUGGACGUCGGUUGGCAAUUACUCCGUAUCUUCCCCAAAGAAAUGUUGAAACGUAUUCCAGCUGCCAUAUUGGCCGAAUUUUAUCCAAGAGACUCUCGCCACUAGUUCAAAUGUGUAUAAAACUUUAUAUAUUAGGGAGUUUGUUAGGUUUGUUAUAAAAAAUAUGUCCACUUAUUGUAUCAACAAUUUAUUUUUUAAUUUGGAAAAAUAAUUUUACCAGAAUAAUUUUAAGCCGAUGCAAUUUUUGUAAACAAUUUACUUAAAAAAUGACGUGUUUAAAAAAAUACGUCAACUUUUAUGAACGUACAGAGUGGAUGUAUCAUUAAUCCUUUCGUGCUUGAUAAAUGUACUGAAUAUUGUUAAAAGUCGCUACUCUGUACAACAACAAUCAUGUCCGUUUGAAAAAUAAAUUUUUGUCUUCAAUAAUAUAAUUUUUCAAUCGGACAUUUUAUUAAAUUUCAAGAGUAUAUAGAUAUUUACUCACUAUUUCAUUAAUUCUAGAUGAAAAUAAGAUAAUAUCGUGUAUUUUUUAUCUUGUAAGUUCAAAUUUUUCGAUGUUUAUUGUUGGCAAAAUCCCCAUCCUUUAUUAUUAUUAUAUUACCUAUGUAAUUUUUUUUCUGUUAACCAAAAGUGGAAAAUUUAACAUUCCAUUAAAUGUCAUUGCCCAAUUGUAUAAAGCAAUAUAUAUAUAUAUAAUUACCUCUUACCAUUCGAUGAAGCUUUUUUCUCAGUAUUUUAUUUCUAGAUGGUGAAUGAAGAUUUUUUUCUUGAUGUAGGUAUUGACAUUUUUCGAUGUUAUUGUAAAAAUCUAAUUUUAUGUUAAAUAGAUUAGUGUAAAAAAUGUGAAUAAACACUAUACAUAUUU